UUCGGGCUUCCGUCCGCCGAGGCUCCGCCCCGCCUGCUUACCUGUGGCCGGGUUCCCUCGACUCCCCCAGUCGCUUCCGAUGGGGUCGGCUGACACGUGUCCCUGCGUGGUUGUGGGGGGUCCCCUCUGGUGUCCUCCUGAUGGAAAUGACGCCGUUGGUCUCCAGCAGGGGUGAAACUCGGGUUUUUUUAUUGCCGGUUCUGUGGGCGUGGCCUGGUGGGCGUGGCGUGGCUUUGCCGGUUCUCCCAAUUACUCCCAAUUUCCUUCUGCUGCCGGUUCUCCAGAACCAAUCAGAGCCUGCUGGGUUUCUCUCCUGGUUUCUGGGCUUCCUCCCGUCUCCCUUGUAGGGAAAUCCCCGAGCGGUUCUGGAUGCUUGGCUCUUCCUCUGCCUUCCCAGGAUAAGGAAAGGUCGGCUUCCAUCUCGCCCAUUGCACAGGUAAAGUAAACACGCUGUAGAAUGGAUGCUUUUGCCAGUCACAGUUGUCACCUCCUUCAGCAGCUCCACAAUCAGCGGAUACAGGGCCUUCUCUGCGAUUGUAUGUUGGUGGUCAAAGGGGUUUCCUUCAAAGCACAUAAAAACGUGUUGGCUGCCUUUAGCCAAUAUUUUAGGACCCUCUUUCAAAAUUCCCCAAGCCAGAAGAAUGACGUUUUUCAUUUGGACAUUAAGAAUGUGGGUGGCAUUGGCCAGAUCUUGGAUUAUAUGUACACUUCACAUCUUGACCUCAACCAGGAUAAUAUACAGAACUUGCUGGACGUUGCCCGGUGCUUGCAGGUGCAGAAUAUUUUGAAUCUGUGUCACUCCUUUUUAAAAACCUCCCGGUCCGUAGAGCAACCAGCCAGUCUGACCAGCAAUGGUGCAUUUUCAUUGCAAAAUGCUUUGGCGGCCGAUACCCACUGUGGACACUGGGAUGGGCUCCACCUUUGCACCACUGCUGCUUGUAAAGCCUUGGAUGACCAGCCACCUGGGUCACAGCCGUGUGCGCCUCACAGCUCCUCAGCUGAGGGAGCCAAGCCAAAGCAAGGCCCUGUGGGCCCUGGGAGGGCCGAUCUGUCCUUCAAACUCCCCAAUGGCCAUUACAAGCUCCGAAACUUCUACAGCAAACAGUUCUGCAAAGAGACUAUUCGCCCCAGCAGCGAAGGGUUACUAGAAGUGCCCCCUGAUUUUGCAAUCUCUCCAGCACAAGACGCUGCUCAGGAGGCUACUUUGGGCAGCCUCGCCCAAUGUGCUUUGGAGCCGUCUGAUUGCGCCCCCCUGCCCCCACCCUUUCUCGCCCAGCCCUUACACGGCUGUGCUGAGGAUCAACACGCAGAGGGCGCCUCCGUACAGCCAGCCAAGCCGAUGAGGCCCAAGAAAGCCAUCCACCUCCAAAGGCUGAAUCUGCUCCAGUCCCAAAGGUCUCCUGAGCCGCCUUCUGCAGGUGAUCCUGACGGAGCCGCUGCGAAAGGAAAUGAAUCAGGAAGUCGGAGCAGCACAAAAAGGACGGCCACGGUCGAGGUUCCUAAAGGGAAACAUCCCAGCGGGAUCCUGAGUUCCGAAUGCGUAGAACUGGAGCCGUCCCGGGAGCCGCCUGGGCCAGAGAGCCCCUUCGAUGUUUCCCUUCCGGAGAGGCAGUAUCCGUGCGCCUUAUGUGGAAAGGUUUUUAAGCAUCCGAGCAACCUGGAGCUCCACCUGAGGUCUCAUACAGGUGAAAAGCCUUUUGAAUGUAACAUUUGUGGAAAAUGUUUCUCACAGGCAGGCAAUCUUCAGACUCACCUGCGUCGCCAUUCUGGUGAAAAACCAUUCAUUUGUGAAAUCUGUGGGAAGAGGUUUGCUGCCUCUGGAGAUGUCCAGCGCCACAUUAUUAUUCACUCUGGAGAAAAACCACAUCUAUGUGAUAUUUGUGGUCGAGGCUUUAGUAACUUCAGUAAUUUAAAGGAACACAAGAAGAACCAUGCAGCAGAAAAAGUAUUCACGUGUGAUGAGUGUGGGAAAUCCUUUAACUUACCACGGAAAUUAGUAAAACACAGGAUCAGACACACAGGAGAAAAGCCAUAUAAUUGUUCAGUUUGUGGAAAAUGUUUUGCGGGAUCUGGAGAUUUGCGAAGACAUAUAAGAACGCAUACUGGGGAAAAGCCGUAUCCCUGUGAGACCUGCAAUAAAUGUUUCAGCCGUUCUGCUGUCCUACGUCGACACAAAAAAACCCACUGUAAAGCUGACUGUGAAAGUGCAGCUAUUGCAGAGGAGUUUUCUCACGCAAUGGAAAUUCCUGACCUCGAGAAGUCCCAAUGCUCAGAUUUCUUUACCCAGGAAAUCUCAGCGUCCUUCCUGUCGCCAUCAGAGAAACGCCCACCCCACUCGGGGGAAUCGCCAAAUGAGUUUGGGCCCCCGGGAGCACCGUUUGGCAGGGCAAGGCCUGGGGUGGGAAAAGACGCUCAGGAACCGAGUUUGGAUCCUGCCAAAGCCUGUAAAUCCCCAGAAGCUCCGAUUCCGUCUUGCACUUUUAAAGGAAGCCAUGUCUCCUCUGAGGAGGGGCCGCUGCAGUCUGGCCCUCUUCCCGGAGUUCGCUCCUCUGCUCCUCUGCAAGUGCGUGGCUCCUGCCAAGCCCCGAACCAACGCGGGGCCUUCUCUAGCAUGACCCUCUGGUGACCCUAACCAUGAAGACUUUGCAGAACGAGAGCGAGCCCGGCCAGUGAGGCCUCCUGAAGAGCAGCGU